AUGGAAAGACCAAGCAGUUCAUGGCAGGGUUUUGACAAUCUGAAACCGGAUUCGGAGAAAUACAAGAGAAUCCAGCUCCUAUUCUCUUCAGCAAACUUUGGAUAUCUGGAGACUUGCGCGAUAGCGUCGCGGAAGAAACACCAGCCAAGCUUGUCUCUAAAUGUUUCCUGCAGCAUCGAUCUGAAGCGUCUCGCAUCCGGGUUCAACAAUGUUGUGCUGGAAAUUGUAUUUUCGGACAAUGUGUUCUGGGUAGCUCGAAUUCCUCAUCAAACACUCAACGAAAACGACAAAACAUCAUUGCUCAGUGAGAUUGCCACAAUGAGGAUAAUCCGACAGCACACUACCAUCCCUAUUCCUCAAGUGUUCGACUUUGAAAUGUCUACAAACCAACCCUUUGAUUACCCAUACAUGUUCAUGGAACAUCGUGGUCACUCCCUUCCGAAUGGCCUGGCGAAAGCCGUACCUCGCGAACAUCGUCCCAAAGUAGCGAAGCAGCUCGCAAACGUCUUUACAGAGCUUCAAAACCUAACCUUCAGCCGCAUUGGGCGCCUCUUGUGUGGAGAUGGAGCUGAUCAGCCUGUGCAAGUCGUAGCUAUGGAUUGGCAUGCUUCUCCGGGACCUCUGGACACGUCGUUUGAAUAUUUCUACAACCAGAGACAAGCCGAAAACCGGGAGUCGAUGGACUUGCAUCCAGACGACCCAGACUGGUUGACAGCAUGCUGGGUGCUGAAGUCAGGUCUUACCCACAUGAUCAUUGAGGAUAGGGUCCGAGGCCCAUUUCCUCUAUGCCAUCUCGAUCUACACUAUGGCAAUAUGCUGUUUGACAAGGAGUACAAUCUGACUGGAAUCAUUGAUUGGAGUAGUGCGCAAGCUGCUCCUCUCGAGCAGUUGUCUGUGUGUCCAGAAUUCGCCACCUUUCCAGGGAUGACAGAUGAGGAGAAUCAACCCAUGAUCGACUUUAAAAAUCUUGUUGUGCAAUCUAUAAGGGAGAAAGAGCAAGAGCAAGAAAGAAAGCCACCUCUUGAUGACCCAGAUCUGGACAUUGCAGGGCAGUCAAAUCUUACGCUCCUUUCCACCUACAUGGCUUCCAAAAGUGCAGAGAUUACCUAUCGUCAGUACAUGUCUUCACCCAGAGGUGCCCUCUUUGCUGGGAAGAUGGUUGCAGGGCUUAUAUAUGGAAAGAGCGUCACUUGGGAGCAGUUGAAAGAGGUUUAUGGAACUAUGUCGCUUCUCUAA